GCAUGGCCAAGGUUUGUACUGGCUAAUGAAGCAACACAUCAGUGCCUAAGCACUCCCAUUAAGAACAUAGGUGUUGUUCUUGAUUUGGAUUCACUAAUGGGUAAGCAACAGAAAGUAGCCAUGGAAAUUGCAGUCCAAGAGUUCAAUAGCUUCACUUGUUCAAACCUGGAACUGAAUAUACAAAAUUCAAAGGGGAUUUCGGCUACAACAAUUGCCAGUGCUUUGAAUCUCACACAGAAUGAGCAAGUGCUUGCCCUCAUUGGAACAAUAACACACAAUGAAGCGACAAUUGCAAGCGAGUUAAAUGACACCAUAAAGAAUAUUCCUAUAUUGUCUCUAACUUCUCCCACAAUCAACAUAGAGAUGUUAUCUCCACAAUUGCCACACUUCAUCCAAUUUGGCAAUGAUAUCAAGAUUCACAUGCAAUGCAUUUCAGCCAUUGUAGGAGAAUUUAGAUGGAGAAAGGUGACAACAAUUUAUGAACUCAGUAACACGUUUUCCUCUGAUCCAGGGAUGCUACUUGACCUCUCCUAUUCUCUUAGACUUGUUGGUUCUGAGAUUGAUAAUCAUUUAGCAUUGCCUUCCUUGUCCUCCCUCUCAGACCCAAAAUCUACCAUUGAAAAUGGGCUUAAAAAGCUUAAAAGAAAAAGUAAUAGGGUCUUUUUGAUUGUGAAAUCUUCUUUGGAGAUGGCUAACAUAAUAUUUGAGAAAGCAAAACAAAUGGAUUUGAUGGAAAAAGAUUCAGUUUGGGUUAUCCCAGAUGGGGUUGCUAGCCUUCUUGAUUCGGUUAACUCAACUUCUAUCGUUAACAUGCAAGGAGUUAUUGGAUUUAAGACACAUUUCAUUGAAACAAGUGAGAAAUUUAGGAGAUUCAAGUUUAAAUUUCGAAGGAGGUUUGCAUUAGAGUUUGCUGAAGAAGAUAAUAUUAAUCCGAGUUUCUUUGCACUACAAUCUUACGAUGCAACUUGGGUUGUUGCUCAUGCUACAAGGAAAUUACAAUGGAAUUUUAGCCUUGAACAAUCAUCCAGAACUAAUCUCUCCAACAAUAGAAAAAUACAACAAUCACCAAUCUUCAGCAUAAUUAAUGUGAUAGGUAAAAGUUACAGAGAGUUGGGAUUAUGGUCUCUAGAACUAGGUUUGACUAAAAACCUUGUUACACAACAGGAAACAGAGAUAAUGAAGACACAUGGUUCUUCCACUAAAGUUUUGAGUACAAUUUAUUGGCCAGGUGGCUUGCAGUUUGUUCCUAAGGGAUGGACUUAUAGCACUAAGGAAAAGACAUUGCAAAUAGCAGUUCCUGCAAAUGGUGUCUUUCAUCAAUUUGUAAAUGUGACAUAUAAUCAAAAGACAAAUAACACUUCUAUCACUGGUUUCUCAAUUGAUGUCUUCAAAGCAGCCAUUAAUACUUUACCUUAUGACUUGAAAUACACGUUUGUUCCCUUCAAUGGUUCUUAUGAUGAAAUGGUAGAGAAAGUCUAUAAUAAGACAUUGGAUGCUGCUGUCGGAGAUACAUCAAUAAUGGCUUAUAGAUAUCAUUUAGUGGACUUCUCACAACCAUAUCUUGAAUCUGGCCUGAACAUGGUGGUUCCAGAGCAAUCAACAAAAUCAAAGGAAGCAUGGAUGUUUCUAGAUGCCUUCACGAAAGAGAUGUGGUUGAUGAUGGCAGCAUUGCACAUUUUUGUUGGAUUGGUCAUUUGGUUGAUUGAGCGACAAGUUAAUACAGAACUAAAAGGAUUGGGAUCCAUGCUUUGGUUUUUAGUCACUGUAAUAUUCUAUGCACACAGAGAACCAAUUAGAAGCCCUUUGGCUCGAACUGUAAUGGCGCCAUGGUUAUUUGUCAUCCUCAUUGUAACUAGUACUUUCACAGCAAGUUUGACUUCCAUGAUGACUUUUUCACAACUAGUACCAUCUGUUUUAGAUAUUCAAACCCUUCAACAAAAAAAUUCCCCAGUUGGUUGUAAUGGAAAUUCAUUCAUUGUGAAGUAUUUGACCGAGGUACUAAAGUUCAAGCCAGAGAACAUUAGAAAAAUUUACUCUGUAAGUGAUUACCCUGAGGCCUUUCAAAAUAAGUAUAUUGAAGCCGCUUUCCUUAGUACGCCUCAUACAAAGGUAUUUCUGGCAAAGUACUCAUGUAGGGGUCUCAUCAAAGCAGGGAACACUUUCAAGCUUGGUGGCAUAGGUUUUGUGGGUCUCUCUCCCUCAUUAUUUCUAUUUUAUGAUAUUCUUGGUACUAGUGAAAAAUAGGGUAAUUGUUAGGGAAACUUGAAAUUUAACAUAAUGAUAGUGUUCUUCUAUUAACUCUUAACAUUUAAGCACUAUUAUUAUGUUUUGUGCACUUAUGUUGAGUUUGAAAUAAACUUAAACAUAUUAGUCCUUGGAGUCUUAUGAAUAGAUAUGUAUUAGUCCUUGGAGUCUUAUGAAUAGAUAAUGUAUUAGUCCUUGGAGUCUUAUGAAUAAAUAAUGUAUUAGUCCUCAGAGUCUUAUGAGUAAAUAACAUAUUCGUUGUUUGAGUCUUAUGAGUAAUUAAUAUAUUAGUCGUUGGAGUCUUAUGGGUCGUUAAUGUGUUAGUCAUUUUUAACUUUUUAUCUGUUAUGAGUACAAUGAUUAGGGAUAUGUGAGUCUAUAGUUGUAUUGUUGAUUGUAUGAAUAACACAACAACAUAGUUGAAUCAAUUUUUCACUAAGUAAAUUUAUCAUUCCUAACCUAGACACUUUCUUUAACAUUAGAUAUACUAUUUUUUUUAAAAAAAAGGUUUUCCCUAUUUUUGAAAAUUUCCCUAAUUAGCAUGUACAUUUUGUGCUUAAU